CUUAUGGUUCAUUCCGCUCAUAAGUUCCUAACUUAUAAGGCGGGCCAUGGGUAGUACUAGAACACGAUGCAGAUUUGUGGUCCAGAUCGUCACAAGUAUCUAGCUUAUUGUACGCCAUUUUCAUUGAGAAUUCAGAACUUCAGUCCUAGAACUUCGGGGACUCUUCAUAAUAGAUAUCACCACAAGAGCGGUAACAUUAUCACGGUCCGCGGCCGCAUUAACCAUGUCCAACAAACCAGCAAUCAUUAUCAUCUCUGGAGCUUUCGGGACUCCCAAGAGCUACGGAAAGCUUGCCACUGCGCUCGAGUCAGACGGCUACGAGGUCCACGUCCCUCAAAUUCCCACGAACAGCGAAAUCCGUCCACCAACCGCAGGCCUAGCGGAAGACACGGCUUUCAUCCGCAGCUACGUCAAGGGUCUUGUCACUGCAGGGCGCAAUGUCGUAGCCAUCGGCCAUUCGUGGGGCGGUCAACUCAUGAGCAAUGCCUUGUGUGGACUUGGCCUCAAGGCUCGCUCUGCCCAAGGCCUGGAGGGCGGCGUCAGCGCCCUGGUCUACAUGGCCGCCUUCGCCCUGCCCAAGGGAACGUCUACCUUUGGAAAGCUUUGUGAAUUUGGCGCUUCGGCGGAUGAUGCGCACCUGUUGUUCGAUAUGGCCGAAGAUGGAACCAUUGUUCUGAGGGACUCCAAACAUGAACCGUUCUUGGGUCUUAGGGAGCCUGGAAUUGAAGAGUCCGAGAUUGAGGCGUAUAUCCAGACUUGUAGCCGCUGGAAUGGAAGAGCUAUGACAGAACCUCUAAAGAAUGAGGCGUGGAGAGAGAUCCCGGUUGCUUAUAUCCACACCACGAAGGACGCGGCUGUCCCUUAUGCCGUACAGCAGAGCAUGGUUGAGGCCGUGGAAAAGGCAGGCCAUCAUGUCCGCACCUUCACUCUUGAGAGUGCUCACUCUCCCUACUUUACCGCCACGAGCGGGGUAGUUGACGCCAUCAAUAAGAUAAUUUUGUCUGAUGGUCCAGCUUAA